UCAAUCCGUUCCUGGACAUGUUGAGAAGGUGUAAUGUGCCGCUCCUUAUCAUAAUAAACGCUUCCGAGGUCGAUCUACACAAUUUCAUGAAUGACCAAAAUCCAUUUUCGAGGCUAAUUGUGUACUCGCAAGCAGUUUGUUGCCGGUCAGUUCUACUUAGAAGGUGCACUGCGAAUUUAAGUUUGUGCUGGUAGUAUCGAUUGGUGUUUGAAUUGGUUUAUUUAGUUGUGGACUAUACAUAAUGUCUUCGGAUUCUGGAAAACCUGAUACUGUUCCUGGCUUGGGAUUCAAAGACAAGGAAAAGGCACAUGAGACUCUAAAGAAUCUUGAAGGGAGAGAUCCUGAUUACCAAAAAUUGGCUAUCAAAGGACUCAUUGGAAGGGCAAAACGUACACUUACCUUAACAAAAGAUAAGGAUAAACUUCAAAAUAUCAACGAUGCUGUGAAAAUAUUCGAAGACUGGCUUAGUAAUUUCGAACUUCAGAACCGUUCCAAAGAAAAUCGAGCUUAUCUACCUUUGGCAUCUAUAGAAGUACUUUCUCCUUUGAAAAAAAAAUACGAAAUCGAAGAUGAAGAAGCUGAGUCAUUUUUGAAAGCUUACAAAAAAGCAGGAGCAGAAUACAAAAAUUUGAGAACAGUUUCGAGUGGAGAAAAUAAACCUACUUGGGACAUAGUUAGGAAUUCUAAACUCAAAGAACUACUAGAAAAUUUUCAUUCAAAUUCCUCUGAAUUUUGGGAUGGAGAAUUACCGACAAAAGAACACCUUCACCUUAUUUUAUGGGCUUAUAGUCCUGAAGCAAGUAAAAUAAAGAAAAACCAAUCGAAAUUCGAAGAUUUGCUAGGAACUGAAGAUGAAGAAUCUCAAGAUGAGGAAAAAGAGGAAGAAAAUAAAAGUUCAAACAAAAAAAGGAAAUCGGAAGGAAGUUCUUCGUCAGAAGAAGAAGAAUCACCUACAAAAAAGACUAAAGCUGAUAAGAAUUGAUAUCUAGCUGAAUAAAGUUUUCGAAUUUUUCAUAACGUCAAUCAAUUUCACUAUGUACCUUUUUUGUAUUGUUUUAUGUGAAAAUAAUGAAUGAAAUUUAUAUGGAAUAAGUUUAUAUCAUGUUCCUAUUAAAUUAAUGGAUGUUA